AUGCAGCACCCCGUCCCUCUCGCUGGCUCCGAGCCGCAAGAGUUUCCCUUCGCGGCCCACCCCUCGUCGUCGUCGUCGCCGUACCCUUCGCCGCGCCCGUCUCCCAUCGGCGACCGCCGCCGGUCGAGCAUGCUGGCCACCGCCGCCGCGCCCGCGUCGCCCUCGCCCGUCGUGCGCUUCGGCAUCGACGCAGAGACGGUCCGCAGGCACGAGGCUGAGCAGGUCGGGUACGCCGACAAGCGCCAGGCCCUCGUCGAGAGCCUCGAUGAGACCCAGGGCCUCGUAAAGGGCCUCGCCGCCUUCAACCAGGACAAGUGGACCAUCCACUACCCGCACCAGCUCGGCGUCUCGACCGUCGACGCGCCCGCACCGCACCGCGCCUCGUCGUCGGCCGCGCCGCAGACGCCGCCUCGGUCCGCCGUCAAGGGCGCUCGCCAGGCGCCGCUUCGCCGCAGCGCGUCCCUCUUCCAGGAGGAGGUGCCGGCCGCCGCCGCCGCCGCCCAGACGCAGGCGCAGGACGACGCCACCGCCACCGCCGCGUCGAGCGCGCGCCCGGUGCCGCAGCGCGCCUUCUCGGUCGCCGACACGGCCGCCGCCGCCGCGCUCGCCGCCGCCACGACGACCAAGGACACGACGCCCGUUGCGCCGGCGCACCCGCUGUCGAUCCUGUCGCUCGACCUCAAGAUGGGCCACCCGAGCACGUCCGCGUCGCAGCUGCCGGCCCUCAUCCCCUCCCUGUCGCUCAGCACCCUGUCGCAGCUCCUGUCGCGCCGCCUCACGACCUCGCUCGGCCACCUGUCGCAGCUGCGCGCGCGCGUCAUCGACCCGGCGAGCCGCGUCCUCGUCACGGGCGACCUCAACGCGGGCAAGUCGACGCUCGUCAACGCGCUCCUGCGCCGCGACGUCAUGCCGUGGGACCAGCAGCCGUGCACGACCGUCUUCUGCGAGGUCGUCGACGCGGGCGCCAACGCCGGCGUCGAGGAGCUGCACGCCAUCCGCGACGUCGCCCUGUACGACGCCAAGGACCCGGCCACGUACGACCGGUUCGCGCUCGACGACGUGUACGACGUGCAGGACUCGGGCGACACGUACCAGCUCGUCAAGGCGUUCGUGCACGACGCGCGUGCGCCCGUUGUCGACGACGCGCCCGAGCACGACGACGAGUCGGUCGAGCGCGAGCAGGCCCUCAACCCGUCGCUCCUCAAGAACGGCCUCGUCGACAUCUCGCUCAUCGACGCGCCGGGCCUCAACCGCGACACGCUGUCGACGACGGCCCUGUUUGCGCGCCAGUCCGAGAUCGACGUCAUCGUCUUUGUCGUCAGCGCCGAGAACCACUUUACGCUCUCGGCCAAGGAGUUCCUGUGGAACGCGUCGCGCGAAAAGGCCUACGUCUUCAUCGUCGUCAACAAGUGGGGCGGCAUCCGCGACAAGGCGCGGUGCAUGCGCGUCGUCGGCGAGCAGAUCAAGCAGCUGUCGCCCGCCACGUGGGACAACCGCGCCGAGCUCGUCCACUUUGUCGACGCGGCCGACCAUGUCGACGCCGACGAGCCCGCGCCGAGCCCGCGCAAGUCGGCGCACCGUGGCGCUGCCGCCGCCGCCGCCGCCGCCGCCGAGGACGACGACGAGCCGUCGGCGUUCGACCACCUCGAGCAGUCGCUGCGGUCGUUCGUCCUCCUCAAGCGCACCAAGUCCAAGCUCGCGCCGGCCAAGCACUACCUGCUCAACCUCCUCGCCGACCUGUCGACGCUCGCGUCGUCCAACGUCGUCGCCGCCAACGCCGAGCUGCGCACCGCCCUCGCCGAGCUCGAGCGCAUCCGGCCCGUCCACGAGCGCCUGAGUGCACAGCGCGACGAGGUCGAGGAGGGCGUCGACCGCGUCGAGGAGGGCGUCGUUGCCAAGGUGCAGGGCGCCGCGUGGGCCAGGCUCGAGCGCGCGCUCGGGUUCGUCGCCGAGGGCAAGGUCGUCCCGCCGCUCGAGGUGGCACCCGCUUCGGCCGACGCCGACGCCGACGCCGCCUCGCCUGCGACCGCAACCGCGACGGCGCUGCGCCAGCCCGACUCGUUCGACGGCCCGGCGGCGCUCCCGCCGUACCCGGGCCUCAUGGGCUUGUGGGACUGGGCCGCCGAGGUCAAGCGCACGCUCGUGCUCGCGCUCGAGGCCGAGGUGCGCGCCGCCGAGGACGCGGCCCGCACCGAGACGGUCCAGGGCGUGCACACGGUCGUCGACGAGCUCGGCGACCGGUACCUCCCCGAGGAGGCGCACGCGCUCGCCCAGCUGUCGACCGACGAGCAGCGCGAGGUGCGCAAGGAGCGCACGUUCCGCCCCGAGGUCAUGUUUGCCAAGCGGCGUCGGGGCGUCGGCCGGCUCGCGGCGCGCGGCGGUGCGACCGGGCUCGGACUCGGCAGCGCCGGGCUCGGCGUCACCUGGACGGCGGGCGACUUUGACGUGUCGUUCGUCGACCUGUUUGACCUCGAGCGCAUGGUCGGGCACGGCAACGCGCUGCGGGGCGGCCGCAAGGCGCACACCAAGCUCCUCGAGGACGACGUCGUCGAGAAGGGGACCGUCAUCGGCCUUGGGCUCGGCAGCAUCGGCAUGGUCGGGUCGCGCAUCAUCGGCAUCAAGGGCACGAUGGGCAGCGUGACGCGCAUCAUCGAGAUGCUCGGGUCCAAGUCGGCGCGCAAGUGGGCCGGCCCCGUCAUUGGCGUCCUCACGGUCGGCCUCGUCGCGUACGUCAUCGUCGACCUCCCUCGCGCCAUCCCUCGCAACAUCGGCCGCAAGCUGGCCCUCUCGCUCUCGGCUCCCGACGCCUCGGCAACCUCGUCGUCGAGCACGCCCUCGUCUCAGCCGGCGUCGUUCGCGUCGGCGCACAGCGACCGCAUCGCGCGCGAGGUGCGCAAGGUGCUGCGCCUCGCCGGGUGGGACCUGCGCGAGCGGUUCCGCGCCGCGCUCGACAAGGCGGCCGGCGAGCGCCGCGAGGUCGAGGGCGUCGUCAAGCGCGCCGAGGGCGCGCUCGCGUUCCUCGAGGAGUUCGAGGGCAAGGUCGCCAAGCGCGACGAGGCGGUCAAGCUCGUCGAGCUCUGAGCGGCCUGAGCGGCGUGUACUUGUGCUUCCUUUCCUCUUCCUCCCCUCUCUACUUCCUGUUCCUGCGCCUCGUCGCCCCCUCCCCUAGCAGUGCCCUCUCCCUUCCUCCCUCUCGUUGUUACCCCUCGACCUGUCUCUCUCUCCCUUUCUCUCCUCCCUUCUCUCUCUCUCUC